UUGUGUAUUGAUUUAAAAACAAUCUCACUGAAGAGCAGACUAAUGACAACAUCAUCAUCUCGUGUUUCAUCAACGUCACUUGGAAACGUUUCUGAAUGAGGUGCUGCUUGCAGCUUGCAAGACUAUACCCCCGAUACUGGCCAGAUGACCUUGACGUUCUGUACGGUGAAAGUGAGGUGAUCUCACUAUGCAGGAAAUUUGCCAGAAAAACAGAUUGUUGGAAGAUGCAGAGAGUACAAGACAGAACAUCAUGGCGGAACUACAACAGCACAGCAACAACAAUCACUUCCCGAUCUUAUUUUCCUUUUCCGUCUUCUCUCGGCCCUCAUCAUUGCCUGUCGGUUCGGGUUACGAGGUUCUGAUCCAGAAGUUUUUGUCCAUGUAUGGUGAUCAAAUCGACAUUCACCGGAAGUUUGUUAUUCAGCUUUUUUCAGAAGAAUGGGGGCAGUACAUUGAUUUACCCAAAAGCUUUGCAGUGGCUGAAAAAUGCAAACUACGACUGGUCCCUCUGCAAAUGACAAUGACUACACUUGGGAAUCUCACGCCAGCAACCACUGUAUUUUUUUGCUGUGAUAUGCAGGAAAGAUUCAGACCAGCUAUCAAAUACUUUGGGGAUAUUAUAAGUGUCGGGCAACGACUGCUUCAAGGGGCUCGCAUAUUGGGAAUUCCAGUUAUUGUUUCUGAACAGUAUCCUAAAGGAUUGGGGAGCACAGUUCAAGAACUAGACCUAACAGGGGUGAAGCUUGUGAUCCCCAAGACCAAAUUUUCUAUGGUUUUGCCUGAAGUUGAAGCAGCACUUGCAGAAAUUCCAGGAGUCCGCAGUGUUGUCUUGUUUGGGGUUGAAACCCAUGUAUGUAUCCAACAAACAGCACUGGAUUUGAUUGGAAGGGGGUUGGAAGUUCACAUAGUAGCCGAUUCAACCUCUUCCAGAAGCAUGAUGGACAGAGUGUUUGCAUUGGAGCGUCUAGCUCGCAUUGGGAUAAUAGUGACCACGAGUGAAUCUAUACUUCUGCAGCUUGUGUCUGACAAAGACCACCCCAAAUUCAAAGAGAUUCAGAAUAUUAUCAAGGCGAGUGCUCCUGAGUCAGGGCUGCUUUCCAAGGUCUAACAAGAUCAUCAUGGGUGAGAAAAGGAAGCGGCUCCAGGUUCAGGGUAUAGAGCAUGUGCAUCUUUCUUGUGAAAGGUGUGCCAAUGUGUUUUGUGUAAUCGCAUCAGUGUUGUUAAAUGGUAAUACGCUUCAGAACUGUAGAGUUUCUCUGUGGUAAAAAUGUAAUGUUGUAGGAAAAGAGGUGCCUACAGUAACUGUUCACAGUCUACAUUUAUAGAGGUGCCACUGCCUACAGUAACUAUUCACAGUCUGCAUUGAUAGAGGUGCCUACAGUAACUAUUCACAGUCUACAUUGAUAGAGGUGCCUACAGUAACUAUUCACCAUUGAUUGUAAAACGACUCAUUAAGGUACUUUUUGUGGAGCCUCUUGUGUUAAUCUUGAUAUCUUUAUUUCAACAGAUGUACUCUAAAUAUGUUAUAAAUUCAUGCCUAUUUUAUUUAAAAUAAUGAGUAUUUUGUCUAUCAAAAUUAAGUUAUGCCUAUCUGUCAAUCAAAUGAUCAGUGUAUCUGUCCCUCUCUAACAGGACAUAAAUUGAGUUAUCUCUAA